AAUGUUUCUUAGUAAUCUCUGUUGCUAAUAUUAUCUUUUUUCCCACUGCCCAUGUGACCCUGUCCCGUACAAUCCGAUCUGUUGGAAAUUACUUUGUUAUAGUUCAUUUAAUAGAAAUAUUUUAGUAAUACAGAAUGGAAGCACUUGAAAGCAUUGCGAAAUUAUACGUUGCAUUGUCUUUACUGUUGUUUUGCAAUCGGAAAGUUUCUGGGGAAAAUGUUUUCUCUAUGUCAGUAGAUGAUUUUGAUAAGGGUAAGUUAAUUAAAGUAUAAAUUAUAAAUAUUAAAUUAAAUAUAAUAUAAGCAAUUAAGUCUUACUUCGUCUCAGUGAAUACAUAAUACUAGAAUUAAUUAGAAUGUUAAAUAUACGCUAAGUCGGUUCUCUCUGUUUUACUGUGAUGGCAGAGGUAUCACAGUACUCAGUAUAGCCUCCCUGCCUAAUCUAAUGACUAUAAAAUCUAGAUCCAAAGCUUACCUGAACCUUAAAAAUUUAAAACUGAAAACCAUGUCACCUGAGGGUUUCAUUCAGUAUUCAGCUAUAUCGGGGGGGGGGGGGGGGGGGGCACUGCUAGGUGCCUACAGUACACAACCAAAUUAGUGAGAAAAGCCGGAAAUUGAAUAAAAUAAUUAAAAUCAUCUUUAAAAUAUUAAAAUAAGCCUAAACUAAUGAAGAAAACAGAUUCCACAGAAAAAUAAAAACCAAAAGAUAUCAGUAUCAUCAGAAAAAGUUAAAAUUAAAAUACAUUUUAAAAAUGAUCAGACUUGAAAAAAGCCUUGUUUUGAAAUAAUAUAAUUAACCAUAACCAUGCUAAGAAUUGUUACCUUAAAAAAUUAAUCAACAUAUUAAGCUAAUUUGACCCAUACUACCUAAUAACUAGCAUUUGAUUAAAAAAAUAGUGUUUUUAGGAUUAUAUAUAUGAUGUGGUGAAUUUUACUUUUAAUUUGCCACAGCUGUUGCUAUUUAGAAAAAAGUUUGGAUUUAGAAAUGAUUAUGAUAUUCUAUACUAUAAUAAUAUAUUUUACAAAGUUCAGAGUUUAUUAAAUUAACACUGAACACAAUGUUCUCAUGUAAUGAGCAAAGCUGUCUUACUCACCAGAAAAACAUUAAUUUUUGUGCAGCAAUAAAAUGUGUUUCUAAUGCUGUUAUAAGGAAAAACCCAAACACAGCUCUUCUGAUCCAGGCAUUUCCCAUGGGCUGACAUGCGUUUCUUCCAACCUACAAAAUCUAAGGAACACAUCUCUAAAACAAAAAUAUCUCAUGUUCUUCAGAAGUAGGCUACUGACAUUUCACCACUCAUGACUCACUAAGUCCAAAAGCUACUUUAAGGAUUUGUAAUAAUAAUGCCCACCAUAAUUACAUAAACUAAAUUGUGUUUCUCAGAAAAUAAGACACCUGGAAAAUAAGUUUAAUAAACCCUGCUCCUUUUGUUUAUAUUAGGAUUCUCGUAAUAAUAAUCAUUUAUAAGCCUUGCUUGAAAAUAUCACUCUCAGGGAGUCAGUGACAGAACUGAGAUGUUUUGUCAUUGCUAAUAAUCUACUAGCAGGAUAGCUUGACAAGAAGUGCUUUGAUACUAUUAAAUGAAUAACUGUAGAUUUUUGUACAUGAAAAGAUAAGACAUCCCCUUAGUCCACCCAAUCAGUGCAUAUUUUAUUUAAUGAAAGACCUAGGGGCUUAUUUUAUGAGAAACAUGGUACUAGCUAUAAUUAUAGUCAUACCCUAAUGUUCUGCAAGUUGAAAACAGAUAAUUUAGCAUUCCCUUUCAACUCUUAAAGAACUUUUCUUCUGACCAUAGACUAUUGUUUUUUUAACUCACUAUAUCAUGCUCGAUUAGGCUACAGGUAGUAGUUAGUUCUGCUAGUAUAGUAUGCUUACAGCAUAUCAAUUUUGAAUACAAUAAACAUGCUCAUCUAAGACCUAGGCUAGGUUAACUUGAUUUCUUGAAAAUAUCAAUCUACAUUACUUAAACAUUCAAAAAGGACAUCAAUUGAAUUACUAUUUAUCAAUAAUGUAUAAAUUUGUAACCAUUCUCAUCUCGCAGCAUUGUAUCACAAACAUCUAAGACAGGAGGCACCAAAGGCUACUGUGUCCUUUGCAUUGGCCAAGCACUUUCAGAAUCAUAUGGUGCUUCAACAAGCCCCUAGAAGAGCAAACAUAUAUGGAUUUUCCCCAGAUAUUGGUCAAAAAGUGAUCAUGCAGGUACAUUUGCACAGUGAAGCUUAAUUUAAUAUCAUAAAAUAGUUUUAUUUUAUUUUUGCGCCACAAAGUUAAUAUUCAAAAUAGAAAUGUUUCUCUGCAUAACAAAAAUCACUUUCUAAGUCGUCAAAUAGACAUACAUUUUCCUUACUAAUGAAUUUAAUUUUUCAACUGUCUUUUUUUUUUUAUCAAGCUGGUCACAGUACCAGCUACAAAGCCAUACUACUACUCAACCACAGUAGAACAAGGUCCAGUUGAUGGUUUAGGCGUGUGGAAUUUUCUUCUUGACCCAUUUGUUGCCAAUACAUCAGUAAACAUCAAUAUUCAAGCUGAGGCUGGAUCUUUGUCUCUAAAUGAUGUCAUCUUUGGUGAUGUCUGGAUAUGUUCUGGCCAGUCAAACAUGCAGUUCACCGUUGUUCAAGUUAGUAUAUUAUCUUAGAUCAGAGCAACACGCAAGUCUUUUAGUUUUGGUUUCUUGCUUCGUGAUUUUGUCUCUUUCUGCUGAAACUGAAAAAAAAAUUUAUUGAAAUUUUUUUUUUCCAUUACAUUCAGAUGGACGGGGCAGAGGAUGAAAUGGCAGAUGCCCAAAAUUACCCAAACAUACGACUCUUUACAGUAAAUAUGGAUACUGCCACAACACCACAGUACGAUCUGAUUCGAGUUGAGGAAAGCUGGACAGCACCAAAUAAAAGUAAAUUGUUGUCAGUCUUUUCUGCUGUUAAUCUAAAGCAUAAAAUAUAAAUGUUCAAACUGUAAUUUUCUUAACACCAACGGCCAUUACCUAAAAAAAUUUGUCUUAUUUGUUGUAAAUGACUUAUUAUUUCCUUUUUAUUCCUUAAAUUAAUAAGAGAAUUUAAGAAAAUGAAGCUCUUGAAAAUAAUUUCUGGUACCUUUUGUUAAAAAAAAAAUUUGCAAAACUAUAUUGCAGUGCGGGAAAACAUAAUAACCUUUUGUUAAGAUAUGCAAUCACAAAGUUUUGAGAAGGAGGGAAAAAAAAGCAAAUACUAGUCUAAGGAAAAGCUCCUUCCAUCUAGUUUAAUUUAGUCAAGACCUUUUCUGGAUUAUUUCUUCUAUUGAAGUGCGAGAUUUUGCUGAAUUAUUCUCCAGAUGCCAUUGGUGCAACUGCAUGGAGUUACUUCUCUGCUGUUUGCUGGCUUUUUGGCAAAAACAUACACAAAGCUCGUGGUGUGCCUAUUGGGUUGAUAGGGACCAAUUGGGGUGGCACCCCUGUGGAAGCUUGGUCAUCACCAGAAGCUCUAGCAGCAUGUGGGAACCCUUUUAAUUCCCCUGUCCUACAACCAGCGUCAUACAGAGAGUAAGCAUUUGAUUUGGUAUUUACUAAUUUUAAAAAAUAGUAAUUCUUAUAUGGUAAAGGUGGAACUGUUGGAGAAUGUCACUUAUAUUUGUUAAUUAAAAUUUAUCAGCUUAGCUUAUUUAAAAAGAUAGAAAAGUCAUCUUAAUGCAAGAUUGAUUUUUGACGAUUAUAAUAUUAGCUAGCAAUGUCGUUACAUCUUUUGAUUAAUAUUUGUUUGUGUUUGACAAUCACGUGUGAAAAUGUAUAAAAUUGCACACAUAUAACCAGUCAUACAUGUUUUUUAGUGUGCUGAAUUUGCUCUCUUGAUUUUAUUUUCCAUCUCACUCUCCAUAAUUUUCUCAUACCAGAUAUGUCAAAACACAGCCUUGGGAUAUAAGACAUAGACUGGAAGGUCCUGGAGAUAACUCUGUUUUGUGGAAUGCCAUGAUUCAUCCCCUUCUUGGCAUGACUAUUUAUGGCGCCAUCUGGUAUCAAGGUAGUUUUGUUCUUCCAAUUUUUUUGUUACUUAGAAAUUUUUCACAAACUUUGUUUCAACUGAAAAUAAUACAUGUUGAUGAUUGAGACUAAUGGAUUUUUAAACAUUUCUUCCCAGUUGCAACCUAAAGGAGGUGUUACGAUUUUAUUCUAAACAAUAAAGUAAUUACAUAUGUACAUAAUACAAAUAGCUAGCUAUCAAGUCCACAGAACAGGUCAUGCGCAACGGUAGCCCCAGUUGUCUAUUCGUACGGUACAGUCCUCAAUAACAGGCAGUAAAAAUGUAGAACUAAAAUUAUUUUCUUCUGUGUUAAUAUAGAACUUAAAGGUCUUGGUUGCUUUCAGGUGAGGCAGACGCAAGUGGUGCCCGGAUGAAUAAAUACAACUGUACCUUCCCAGCAAUGAUAAAAGACUGGAGAUUUAAUUUUAACAAAGCUUCAAAUGGCCAAACAAGUCUCAGCUUCCCCUUUGGCUUUGUGCAGGUGAAAUUUAUCAUAACUUGCAAACUUUAUUGCUAAAAACAUUUGUCAUUUAUCAUCAUGUUUAUGGCAUUACCCUUUCAAAGGGAUAAGAAGUUAUUAUAAAUAUUUAGAGAGAAUUGUUUAAAUUAAUCAUGAGAUGCCAGAUAAUGCUUGAUUUUAAUAAGGAUUAUACAAUUUACAUUUUAAGUUUUUAGUACAAUAAAAUAUUAAUUUCCAUACUGACUAAGCACAUAGGCGGCCAGAUUUUGUCAUUGAGCAAGUGUAUAAUUUUAAAUUUCUUUCCUCUUUUCAGUUGGCCCCCAACACCCCUGAUCCAACAAUAUCUGUUGGAUUCCCUGAUAUCAGAUGGCAUCAAACAGCCGACCAUGGCUAUGUACCAAAUUCAGAUUUACCCAAUGUUUUCAUGGCUGUUGCUAUGGAUUUACCAGACUUCACAUCAUCAUAUGGAUCGUAAGUUUGUAUUUCAUUAGCAAAAUUUAGUUAUUAAAUUGAGGUUCCUUAAACUUUCUUCCUCCUCCUCCUCCCUUUUCCUUGACGACAGACAGACCAGUGAUCCCUCUUCUCACCUCCAACUUGCUGUCGCUUAACAUUAAAAUUUUGUCAGAUGUAAUUACACAGUUCUGGGAAAUGAAAGUUAAACUGUUUUGUUUCCCAUCAGGAUUCACCCAAGAGAUAAGAAAGAUGUAGGAGUGAGGUUAGCACUAAGUGGCCUUGCAGUAGCCUAUGGUCAGUCAGGGAUCUUCCAAGGACCCCUGCCAGUGCAAGCUGUGACCACAUCUGCAGGACUUGUUAUAGAUUAUGGUAACACUUGGGUACUUGAUGUCAGGGACUUUAAUGGCUUUGAAGUAAGUCUUUCCCCCUUUCAACUUUGUCUGGUAUUAAAUGUCAAGUACACAUUAACCCUUUCAAUUCACAUUUAGUAUGUAUUAUCCCACUCAUCAAUGUUGAUGAACUUUAAUUGAUAGAUUUGCUGAUCCCUCACUCAAAGAAAAUAAUUGUAAUUUUGGUACCAAGUAUAACAGUGGAUUACUAUAUACAUAUAAAACCUCAUAAACUAUUUAAUAUCACACAUGUAAUUUUGUGAAUAACACUGAAAUAGAAAUGCCUCUGCAAACUACUAGUUGAAAAGAUUUUUUAAAAAAUAUACUUUAUUACGUAUGUAAAGUAUAUGUAAAGUCUGUGUGUAGCAAAGUAAAGCCAUCUUGAAUGUUUACAAAAAAUAAACGAAAUGUAACUUAGAUUUUUUAAACAACUGUCACAAAUUUGCUGUGAGUUCGUUUUGCUUGAAGCUGCACAUAGGUUCAGUUUAAAUACUUUGUUUUGAUAUUAUAGAAAAUUUUAUUUAUUUUCCUUUGUGGUUACUUGUCUACCAAAUGUCAAUUUACUCUUGACUUGGCUACCAGCAGACAUAAUUUCAAAUAUUCUCUUCACUGCACAGUAUUAAUGAAACUUAUAACUUACAUCCCUGACCUUUGUCACCAGAUCCAAUGUGCAGACAGCUGGGUGUUCACGGACAUCAUCACCAACAACCAGACCACAGUCACUUUGUACUCGGGCGUCUGCCAGGGAAAACCGCUCAAGGGUCUCCGUUAUGCCUGGCGGGAGUCCCCGUGUGCAUUUAUGAAAUGUUCCAUCUAUGAAACCAGCAACAACCUGCCUGCCGCACCUUUUGUGGCCUUUGCUAAAACCAUCAAUGGAAAAAGUUACUUUACCUUUGAUGGCCCAGCUCACAUUUAAGGCAACAGUUUCCUUUUCAUAGUAUUCUUUUUUGUUAUAAUUCUAACACACAUACAAGGUUCAUGAAAUGUAGCUUAAUUUAGCUGCUUUUUUGCCUUUAUUCACAAGAUCAGCACUUGAACAAUUUUUUAGCAUUGUUAUAUUCCGUAGCUUAUUACCUUUCUAUAUUAUAUUGUCAACUGUACAAAUUAAAAUUCAUGAAAGAUUGACAAAAAGCAAAGCAAUAAAACAUUGAGUUUAAAGUUUCUGUUUUUUAUGCUAACUUAACCAGCCAGCUCUGUUUCAGCUUUUACUUGUAUCAAGGAGUCUUCUGCUGCAAGACUUUAUUUGGGUUGUGUUUAUCACAGUUUAGUGUACUUUGAAUGCUGCAGGUAUCAAAUUGUUUACUACUACAUGACAUUCCAAAUGGCUGUGAUAAAUAACAAGAUAGUUGUUUUUUUCAUCUCGCUGAUGUAUUUACUUAUCUACACAAUCUAUGAUCAAUUCUUUACCUGCACAACUCAUUUCAGUCAUCCUUUGCCGAAAUGAAUGUAAAACAAAUUCACUAAGUGUAUAAAUAAAUUGAUGUUAGCAUCAGCUUGUAAUUCAUAAAUAAUGUAAUUUUCUAUUUGUGUGUGCAUACCCUCCUUUUCUUUACACAUAGGUCUCUUCAUGCUGGACUUCAAUAGAAAUAUAAAGUACAGAUGCAAGAAGGCAAUUAUGUCGUAGAGACACUACUUUCCCAUGUUGUAAAUUCAUGUUAAGGUUAGAAACCUUAAAAAAAAAAAUAUUAAACCAAACCUAUUUUCUUACAAUCAAAUGUUCUUUUUAUUUUUUUUAUUAUAGU